CUUCGCGGUGAUUACACUGAGAGCGGAGAGUGGAGAUUGAGCGGACUGUCAGUACAGACUGAUCUGGGUCGACCGUUAGAAGAAGAUGAGGGUGAAGGAGAUCCUGAGGACGGCCACUCAGGCCUGGAGUCCUGCAGCCCACCAUCCUGCUUACCUGGCCUUAGGAACGUCGGCGCAGCAGCUGGACGCGUCCUUCAACACCACAGCAGCUCUGGAGAUCUUUGAGAUGGACUUCGCAGACACGUCGAUGGACAUGAAGCUGAGAGGGUCUCUGUCCACCACUAACAGGUUCCACAGUCUGAUCUGGGUGACAUUCGGUAUGGGUGUGGACGGCUCGUCUGGCCGGCUGAUCGGAGGGGGUGAGAACGGCACUCUGACCGUCUACAGUCCAGAGGCCAUCCUGUCCAGCGCAGACGACGCCGUCAUCGGGCAGUCCAGCAAACACACCGGCCCAGUACGGGCGCUCGACUACAACCCCUUUCAGAGUAAUCUGUUGGCGUCUGGAGCGAACGACUCUGAGAUUUAUAUCUGGGAUUUGAAUAAUUUGAGUAAUCCAAUGACACCAGGCACAAAAUCACAGCUGAGUGAGCCGGUGGAGGACGUGUGUGUGGUUGCGUGGAAUAAACAGGUGCAGCACAUCCUGGCGUCUGCAGGUCCGAGCGGGAGGGCCGUGGUGUGGGACCUGAGGAAAAACGAACCCAUCAUCAAAAUCAGCGACCACAGCAACCGGAUGCACUGUUCAGGAAUGUUAUGGCACCCUGAAGUGGCCACUCAGAUGAUUUUGGCCUCAGAGGACGACCGACUGCCUGUUAUACAGAUGUGGGACCUUCGCUUCGCCACGUCACCACUCAAAGUGCUGGAGAACCACACCAGAGGGAUUCUCUCUGUAUCGUGGAGUCAGGCUGAUCCAGAGUUGCUCCUCAGCAGUGCUAAAGACAACCGCAUCCUCUGCUGGAACCCCAACACUGGAGAGGUGAUCUACGAGCUGCCUACCGUCAAUCAGUGGUGCUUUGAUGUUCAGUGGUGCCCCCGAAACCCCGCCCUCCUGUCCGCCGCCUCGUUUGACGGACACAUCAGUGUGUACACUGUGAUGGGCGGCUGUCUGGAGGCUCAGCAGUACAGCAGCGUCGAUAAGAUUUCGGCUGCAUUUGACCCCAGUGACCCAUUCGGUACGGGUCAGGCCUUGCCCCCCCUGCAGGUCCCCCAGCCCACCGCAGCCCCCACCAUCAUCCCCCCCCUCAGGACCCCACCGAAGUGGGAGCGCAGACCCAUCGGAGCCUCUUUCACCUUUGGUGGUAAGUUGGUGACCUUUGAUAACCCCAGGUCUGUCCAGCCUGCCCCCUCCCCCCAGCCCCCCCGGCAGGUGUAUGUGAGUCAGGUGAUCACGGAGGCGGAGUUUCUCCAGCGCUCACGGGAGCUCCAGGCCACCCUGCAGUCCGGCUCCUUCAUCAGCUACUGCCACAACAAGAUCUCUAGCGCCCCCUCUGAGGCCGAGCAGGACAUCUGGAGGUUCCUACUGGUGAACUUCGAGGAUGAGGCUCGUGUUAAGUUCCUGCGGCUGUUGGGAUUCAGUAAAGACGAGCUGGAGAAAAAGAUCUCCUCUUGUCUGGGGAAGAAGCUACAGCCGAACGGACACGCGCUGGACGUUAAUGACCUGGCGGAGAAGAUGCAGACGCUCUCAGCUCAGAGGUCAGAUGAUGGAAGUGAAUCAGCAGCGCCACCUACUGACUUUUUCAGCCAAAUACAGAAAGAGAAAACACCUUUCCACAUCCCAGUGUCUGCAGACACAGACGGUUUGAUCAGCCAGGCUCUGUUGGUGGGGAACUUUGAGGGGGCAGUGGAUCUGUGUCUGAGUGACGGACGCUACGCUGAGGCCAUUCUGCUGUCCAUCAGUGGAGGAGAGGAGCUCCUGAAGAAAACUCAGCAGAGAUACCUCAACAAACAGACCAACAGGGUCUCAAUGCUGAUUUUGUCAGUGGUCACUCAGAACUGGAAGGACAUUGUGCAAGACUGCGAGCUGGACAACUGGAAGGAGGCCUUAGCGGCACUGCUGACCUACGCUAACCCUGAGGAGUUCGCUCCACUCUGUGACACUCUGGGUUCUCGGUUAGAAGUUGGUGGAACAGAGAAGCGCUGCCUGCAGGCCUGUCUGUGCUACAUCUGCUCUGGAAACAUCCACAAACUGGUGGAGUGCUGGAGCUCCCAGAGAGACUGUAAUGCCCCCCUCAGCCUGGAGGACCUGGUGGAGAAGGUGAUGGUUCUGAGGAAGUCUAUCGAGCGUCUGAGGAACAGUGAAGUUACAGUGCAGAGCUCAGUUCUGGAGGAGAAACUCAUCCAUUAUGCUAACAUACUGGCUAAUCAGGGCAGCCUGGAGACGGCACUGAGUUACCUACCGCAUACAUCGCAGCAGGCUGAAGUCCAGAUGUUGAGGGAGCGUCUGUCUCAUGCUCAGGGUGCAGCAGCUCAGCCUCAUCACCCUAAAGCUCCAGCUGGGGAUGCUACAUCUGCCCCCGCUAACACACACACAGCAGCGCCACAGGAGCCGUUCCCUCCUGCAAUGCCCCCUCAGAUGCCCCGGGCAGGUCAGCCAGCGAUGCCCCCCGUGUUCACACCCCAGGCUCAACCCACUGCUCACACACCAGGAGUGCCCCGCCCAGCCAGCAGACAUUCCUACCCACAAUACCCUGCUGCAGCUCCAGGUUUUUCACCCUCCCAGCCUGUAGGGGGGCCCCUGGUGUUCCCCCCUUCCAGCCUGUCUGGUCCUGUGCCCCCCUUGUCCUCUGCUCCAGGGGGUAUGGUGCCAGGCUCUGUGCCCGGCUCUGUGCCCAUGAUGCCCACUCCUCCGGCACCUGGGUUCCUGCCUGCUGCCUCCCUGCCCCCUCUGCCCCCCAGCUCUCUUCCCGGGGGGCCAGUGCCCAUGUACUCAGGGCCAUUAGGGCCACAGGCCGCUGCCCCCCCUCCUCUGGGCACUGCACCCCCACCCACAGGCACAGUUUACCCACCCCCGGGGGUGGGAUACCCACAGGGAGGACCCGGAGCACCUGGAGCUAAAACCUACAGUCCAUCUGUUCCUCCACCUCCUACAGGCGGUUUCCUCUGGAUCAGAUCACAUAGAGAGGAAGAAGGUGCUCAUGAUGGCUGGAAUGAUCCUCCUGCUGUUCGCGGCGGACCCAGAAGUAAAAAGAUUGCUGGAGAAUACACACCUCCUGCUCCCAUCACUGCCCCUGUCAUGAGCCUACCUGCAGAGGGCGCUGUGCCUCAGGACAGAGUGCAGGUCCCUCCUGGAGCCCCCCAGGAGCCCAGCCUACAGGUUCUUCAGCAGCUUCCUGCAGAGCGAGUGGAGCAGAAGGAGAUUCCAGCGGAGCACAUGAUCCUGAAGAGCACCUUCGACAGUUUAGUGCAGCGCUGUCAGCUCGCAGCUACAGACCCGCAAACUAAAAGGAAGCUGGAUGAUGCCUCCAAACGAAUCGGCAGCUUGUAUGACAAACUCCGAGACCAGUCGCUGUCCCCCAGCAUCCUGUCCGGCCUGCACGAGAUCAGCCGCUGCGUGUCAGCCCGAAACUACCAGCGGGCUCUGGAGCUCCACACGCAGGUGGUCAGCAGCAGCAACUUCAGCGAGAUCUCAGCCUUCAUGCCUGUCCUCAAAGUGCUCAUGACCAUCGGCAACAAGCUGGGGGUCUAACCCGCCAGACCACCAGCCCCCCAUCGCAGUAUUAAUCGCAGAAAAACACACACAAGAUCAGAUACGGACAUGUUUAUAUUGGGGUUUUUUUUGUUUUGUUUUUUUUUAUCUGUGGAUGAACUUUGCUUUGAUGAUGAUUAAUAUACCGAUGCUCCGGGAUGCAGAUACACUCUGAUUUAUUAUUAUUAUUUUUUUUUGUUAUCAUUUUUCUUCUCUCUUCCCAAAGAAAGACGCCGAGUGGCGUCCCGGUCUGAGAGGAGUGUGUUCCGUGCUGGUGUUGAUGUGGUGACGGUAGCUGUAGUUGUUGUGUUAAAGUGACUGAAUGAUGGUUCAGUGUGUUCUUCACAGAUUCGGGAGCACGUUUGGCUGCUGGCACGUUUGUGUAAGGUUGACUGAAGGUUUGUUUGAGGUUUCGUGAAGGAGAACGGCAGUUAGCGUCCACUCCAGAAGGUAAAGCUUGAAAGAUAACACUCCAAACGGGAGCUGGACUGUGGAACUGUUCCUUUGAGUUCAGGUACUUUGUAUUCACAUCCACACGGCAGAACACGUCUUCAUGAAGUGAAACCAUCUGAAAUUUAGUGAGUGUAUAUAUAAUAUUUCUCAUUGGGAGAUUAAGACUGUUGUAGCGUAGCGAGACGGCACGAUAUUAUAAGGUUAUUUAAUAAAUAUGUACAUUUUUUGUUACCUUUCAUCAUGAUGAACUAUGUUUUGAACCAAAUAAUGAGAAAUAUUACAUAUAUUGAAUAGAUUUAAGCUGAUUUCACUGAAGAUGAGCAGCGUACACGGCUUGAUUUGAUCUUCUUUAACACUUACUGCAGAAUUUUUAAACAAUCUGUGGAUUUCUCCUCAAAGUUGAGCCAGAGCUUCGACUAUAUUUCAUAUUUUAAUGAUGACACCUUUUUUAUUGCAGUUUAGUCCAAGACUAGACUAGUCCACGUCCUCAAAACCAGCUUGUCAGCUUUUGUUAUCCUCAGACACCAGAACGUAGCUGCUCACCAUUUAAGGAGAAACAGGAAAUUGGAAAAAGAAGCCGAAUUUUGUUAGACAAACACAUUUAAGAUGAAACCGUGUCACAAGUGACUGAAUGUAUCUAGAACAACUAAUCCAAGAGUAGAAACGAUUUUAUUUUCUGAAUUUGUGGAUUAAAAGUGAAUUUCCGUUUUUGUGGUUUAAAUCUGUUUAAUCUGUCCUGAUGAGCUGAAUGUACCGCUGCUUUUACUGUGUUCUCCUGUAGCAUUGUUCUCCGUCAUUAGUGUGGAACAGUCCAGAACGCUUCAGAACGAGUUUAGUUAAAGCAGAACCCUCAUUUUUAGCUCUGAUUAGCCUUUUUUCGCUCUCCAGCUAAAGCUAGCACUGAACUGAGCCUUCUGCAUUUACACAAAAUAUUAGCGAGUAAAAUCGAUUUUAAAUCUACUCAGCAUAUUUAAUAUUUCAUUACGAGACGACUCUUACAAUAUUAUGAUGAUUCCAUUUUUACUGUUUACAUAUUGCAUCAAACUUAUUUAUUAAAAAAUAUGUUUUUCAUGAUAUUCCAUGAUGUACGUUUCAAGAAAAAGUGUUUAUGCAGAUGGAAUGAGAUCGUUUCUCUUGAUCAUUUCUCAUUUCUCUUCUUUUGAAGUAAAAAUAUGUAGAAAUAAGCAGAAUAAUCUCAUAUUCUAACAACAGACUCAUAAUAGGAAAUAUUGUGUGGACUGACUAGAUUUAAGAUGAUUUCAGUCACAAAAUGUCACUGCAGUACAAACCAUCCAAUGGCAUCUGUUUAAAAUUCAGUCCAGACUGAAGGAAUGUUCUGGAAUUCCAGCAAAUACUGUAAGCCUAAUGUUCAUGUUUGAUUUUCCUACCCAAACACAGCAUUAAGCACAUUAUUAUGAUUAUAACUGAUGAGUUAAAUCAGGAGUAAAACAGUCAAAUAUUCAGAGUGAAACUGCAGGAUUAGCAUCAGGAAACCCUUCAUCAAACUGUUCUGUUAGUUAAUACGUGUUCGCGCAAACAGUGAGGAAUUAAACGACCGGAAUGAGUUCAGAUUCGUCGCUCUGUAAAAAUGAACAGCUUUAAAUCAGAUUUUAUUGAGAGAUGAGUUAGAAUUAGUAAAUAUGCGAAUAGUUAGUUAUUUACAAUUGUACAUUUAAAUAAAAAAAA